GAACCAUGUGAAAAUUUAUUUGUAAGCGGUAUUUUUCAAUAUAGAAUUGAUAAUAUGCAAAAAGGAUAAAACUGGGGACUAUUCAGUGCUAUAUUACUCUUCUUCUUUUUCAUUUUAUAUUAAAAUGCCUCCAAAGCAUAAGCAAGCGAAAAGACGUCUAAAGCAACUUGGAGCAACGUUAGAUCCUUCACGAGCUGGCUGGUCUGAUUCUGAAGAAGAAGAUCUAAUUCAUGAGGUUGGUAUUAAGUCAGUUCGCAUUGGUGAUGUUGUAAUGGAAGUUUACCCUCCAACAAAUCCUGAAUUAGUCCCUGAAUUACAAGGACCUUUCUAUGAGGGAGCUCAGGAUAUCUUGAGGCAUUUGAGAUGGAUCAUGCAAAAAGACAAGCUUGGACAAGAUAUCUUUUUGUUAGGCCCACCAGGGCCAUUACGACGCAAUCUUGUCAUUAAAUAUGCAGAAAUGACACAAAGAGAAAUUGAAUAUGUGGCAUUAUCCAAAGACGUAACAGAUGCAGAUUUAAAGCAAAGAAGAGAACUUCAAAAUAGUACAUCAUUUUAUGUAGAUCAAGCAGCGGUUAGGGCAGCAAUUCAUGGUAGAAUCUUAGUCUUGGAUGGCAUUGAAAAAGCAGAGCGCAACGUCUUGCCUAUUUUAAACAAUUUACUAGAAAAUAGAGAAAUGGCAUUAGAUGAUGGACGUUUCCUAACAACAAAAGAUUUGGUAGAUAAUAAAAAUACCAAAUUUGAAAAGGUUAGCCCUCGAUUUUUGGUAUUUGCAUUAGGGCUUCCUGUUCCUCCUUACGUCGGCUAUCCUCUUGAUCCACCACUCAGAUCUCGAUUUCAGAGCAGAGAUAUUAGAGCUCCCGAAUUCAGUACACAGGUCAAUCAGAUGCUUAGGCUCAUCAAUAAUAGUAAAGUGCCCAGAGAGCUCAUUGAACGAUUGGUAUCAGUCAGUUUAGUCUUGGGAGUACAGAAUAACGACAAGAACAGUGCUCGUGAAGUCGAAGUGCCAGAAUUUCCAAUGACAGUAGAGACCUUGGCUAGCUUAUUAUCUCUUAUUCCUCAGCUCCAUCCUAGAUUUCUCUUAGAUUUGUUAUACCCUUAUCCUCUGUUGCCUACGUGCGAUUUGGAGCAACUAAGCGUGAUAGAAUCUGCUUAUAGACGAUUUAAUAUUAAAUCUGCUAUAGUUGAAGCACACAUGGAAGCAAGACAGACACCCUCGGGUUUCACUGUUGUAAAUGUUGAGCCAGCGCCCACAAUGACGAGAAUUUCUGUAGAUGGUUAUCAUCAUGUACACAAGGCCCUCGCUACCUUUGCUUCCUCAAACCAUCCUGCCGUCGCCCUGCCCAUUCAUUGUGGCCCUUCUUCCUUCAGUCAUGCCGAAUUCUACAUUGAAACACCUUAUCAUCGUGAAAUCCUGUCUUCGAUGGUUCUUGUCCACGCUGGCAAUAGAGACAUUUGCCUGCUAGGUACACAGAAAGGUGUUGGUAAAUCAGCGCUUGUUAGACAAUUUGCUCGUCGACUCGGUUAUACAAUUGAUUACAUUCCACUCUACCGUGAUAUGUCUUCACGAGACCUUCUACAGCGUCGAUCUACUACAGAAAGAGGUGACACUAUUUGGGAAAACUCUCUUCUUGUUGAAGCUGCCAUUCACGGUCGCUUGGCAAUCCUGGACGGUAUUGAGGCUCUUUCUUAUGGUACACUAAAUACCUUACAACGACUUUGCAGCGAUCGUGAGACUCAAUUACCUGAUGGCACGCGUCUUAUUAAUGCUCAUAGAUACGAAAAAUUGAUAAAGAAGCUAUCUCUGGAAGAAUUAGAAGCAAAGAAAUUAAUCCCAAUUCAUCCAUCUUUCCGCAUCAUUGCUCUGGCUAAAGCGAGUGGACAAGGCGAUGCAAAGGCUGGAUCUUGGUUAAGUUCUGAAAUUCUCUCCAUGUUUCACUCUAUCGUUGUUGAUUCUCUUCCUUCUAAUGAAGAACAAGAGGUACUGAGCGCCCUAUCGCCUGGUGUAGAUGAAGACAAGUUGAGGCAGCUCUUGACCUUUGCACGACGUCUUCGUCGCGAUACGGACGACACUGUGCGCAUGCUUUCUAGUGCCUUAUCUACGCGUCAACUCAUUCGUAUCUGCCGCCGAUUAUCUUAUUUUGAAAACGAAAGCUUGUAUACCGCUAUCAAUAAAGCUGCACUGUCUCGGUUUAUGCCUAGCGUUGCCCGUGAAGCCCUUCACAAUCUCUUGACAGCUAAUGGCAUCUAUCCUCCAAAGACAACUACUGAAGAACUCAAGAUUGAAGUGUUGCCCACUAGGGAGACACCAGAGCAAAUUCGUAUUGGCAAUGUCGUUGAACCUGUCUUCAAAGGUGGUGAUCCAAUGCUGAUUCCCAAUGUUGUAUUUCACGAAAAUCCUGCUCACACCGAGAUUCUCCGUGAGAUGCUUAAAGAUUAUCAAUUGGGCGAUCAUCUUUUGCUCAUCGGUAAUCAAGGUGUUGGCAAGAAUAAGCUGGCUGAUUACUUUUUGCAAUUACUACAGCUCCCCCGUGAAUAUAUCCAACUUCACCGUGACAGUACGGUUCAGAGCUUGACUACAACGCCUGCUAUUGCCAAUGGUGUCUUAACCUAUGAAGACUCUGCCCUUGUAAAAGCUGUUAGAGAUGGUACCAUCUUGGUGGUUGAUGAAGCAGAUAAGGCACCUACUUACGUUACUGCUGUUCUCAAGAGCUUAGUGGAAGAUGGCCAAAUGGUGUUGGGUGAUGGUCGACGCAUUAUUUCCAAAGAAACGGAUAUUCAGGAAGAUGAUAAUUAUAUCAUGAUCCAUCCUAAUUUCCGCAUGCUCGUCCUUGCCAACCGACCAGGUUAUCCAUUCUUAGGAAAUGACUUUUACCGUGAAAUUGGUGAUGUAUUUAGCUGUCAUGCUGUUGAUAAUCCCGAUAUGAACUCUGAAAUGUUUUUACUAAAGAAUUAUGGACCCGAUGUCUCUGAAGAUUUGCUAAUGAAGCUGUCAAGCGCCUUUACUGACUUGAGAAAGCUAACUGACGACGGUCUUAUCUCUUACCCAUAUUCCACGCGUGAACUGGUCAACAUUGUUCUUCAUCUUCAAAACUAUCCACAAGAAGGCAUCUCAAAAAUUCUUCAGAACGUGUUUGACUUUGACCAAUACGAUCAAACCUCCAAGGAGUUGGUCAUUGAAGUCUUUGAAAAGCACGGUAUCCCUAUCGGACUUGAGUCUGACUUUUCCAUGCGCUUGGGUGAUGUGAUUUCAAUCGGUAAGCCUACGUUAUGCGAACAGUGGACACGCGCGCCCUCUGCUGCUAAGCAAACAGCAGUCAAAUUCGAGACAGAGCCUAUAGCUAUCCGAGGCGGCUGGGAUAUUAGCAUUGACAAGAAUUGGAAGGACCUUGAGCGUAAAGAAGGACGUUCAACUGUUUUCUCUGAAAUGCUUUAUACAUUUGAUAUUCCUACGCGUGGAGAAGCUUUAGAUAUCGCUGCAAUGGAUGAUGGCACUCUGUUUAUUGUCACUACAAAUCCCGUUACACUUCACCGUGUUAACCCUAAUCACAAGAAGAUCGACAGCUUAGAUCUUUACGAGUACUUCCCACUUCAACGAGCACCACCCAGACUUCGCAUUGCUGUCAUUCGAAAUGCUCAAAAUGGCACUGUCAAGUACCUGGCCCUACAUAACCCUUCUAAUAAUGAACUACUCUGCUGUGAUUUUAACAAAAAGACCGUGGCCUCUGCUGUUAUUCGCGGUUUAGACCCUGUAAAGUCCAUCAUGUGUACCAAUCUAUCUGCUUCUGGUAUUCUGGUUUUCUAUCAGCAAGAUCGCGCCACGAUUGCUAUUCUCGACUUUAACACAUCGAAACAGCAUACAGUUGUCCUACCUUCUCGCAUUGAGCAAUUACACGUCAUUGAACCAUCAUUCUGGAUCGCCAAAGGUAGCCGAGAUACCAAUCUUUACGCCAUUUAUCCAGACAAGGGCGGUAUCCCUAAUGUGAUAGAGCCAAUUCAAUCGCUUGGCCAAAAUGGACAUGCAGUUGAUACAUUAAGCCAUAUCUAUGAACGUGAAUUUUCUUCCGGUGCAAGAGUGGCACAGGCAGCGAAUCCAAACAAGUAUGCCUCUAUACUCGAAGGUUGCUCUGCAUCUCAGUUCCUGAAAAGUGACGGCGUUGUGCGCGUUUUAGCGUAUUUUAAACAGCAACAGUUAACUGAAGCCAGGACAAAUGUACACAUCAAGGGGUCUACCUUGUAUCUUGCUCAUACUCAGCAGUUGGCCAUUAUUGAACCUCCUGCUGAUGGUCGUGCUGAAAGUACGUUGGAUCUUUUGAACCCUGCCUCAGGUCAAAUUUGGCGCAUCAAGUUCCCAUUGUCCAUCAUUGGAUCAUCAGAAGGCGGGAUCUAUAGUCAAUUCCAAGUAGAGAGACAAGCAGCGACCAUGUGUGAAUUGCCCAAUGGAAACCUUGCGACGUUGGAUAACGCUGGUACGGUUCGUAUCUGGCAAGUCAAUUCUAAUGACAUAUACAAAGCUGCCCAGACUUGGAAACAAAUGGUCGGUGUGGAUCAACAAGCAUUAUCUGUUAUUUAUGAAACAAAAGACGACAAUGUGAAAUUAAACGAGCUUUUUGAAAAAAUAGAAGCUGAACAGGGAGAAGAUGGCGAAUCAAAUGGAAAAGGCAAGGGAUCUGGCGGUGGUCAAGGUGAAGGUGGAUCUGGAGGUGGUGGAAGUGGCGGUUCUGGAGGCUCUGGUGGAGAUGGUUCUAGCGGCGGAGGUUCUGGUUCUGGUGUCAACAUGAACGAAGAUGGACGUCAAGAAGCCAGUUUUGAGGACUUGGAAAAUCUCAAGCUGAGAACUGCAGAUAGUGAACCUCAAGAAAUUAGUGAAGCGCAACGUGAAAGGCAUGAACAAGCCAUGGAGAAGAGACUGGCUAAACUUGACAUGACACAAGCCGACUUUCAACAAUUCAAUCAAUAUAUGGAUAACAUCCGACGAGAAGUUCGUGAGCUUCGUGUAAUUCUAGAAGGAGUUGAAGCUAAGCAGCAUGAACGAGUAUGGUUAAAGAAUCAAUCAUCUGGGGACUUGGAUGACAGAAAAAUUGUCGAAGGUCUUACAGGCGAAAGAGCAAUCUAUAAGAAGAGAGGAGAGGAUGACCCUGAACUUGGAUUAUUCCAAGAAAAGCCUAAACGAAUGAACUUUGUGUUUGACUUGUCUGCAAGCAUGUAUCGGUUCAAUAGCCAUGACCGCCGUUUAGAAAGAUCUUUAGAAGUCGCUCUUAUGCUCAUGGAAUCCUUUCGAGGAUUUGAACACAAGUUUGCGUACAAAAUUGUUGGUCACAGUGGGGAUGGGGCAAAUAUUGAAUUCGUUGUUCCAGGCAAAUACCCCAAGACUGAAAAGGAUGAAUUUGAAGUUAUUAGCAAGAUGAAAGCACACUCACAGUACUGUCUGAGUGGUGACAAUACAUUAGGAGCAGCCUCACAUUCGAUGAAGGAAAUAGUGGCUGAAGAGGCAGAUGAUUAUUUUGUAGUUGUUUUAUCUGAUGCAAACAUUGCUCAGUACAAUAUUCAUCCUAACGACAUUGCAAGGAUUCUGAAAUCGGAUGACAGAGUUACAGCCCAGAUGAUCUUUAUUGGUAGUCUUCAAGAUCAAGCAGAGCAGCUCAAGAAAGCCUUGGGUAGUCAUGCUCAUAUCUGUACCGAAAAUAAGGAGUUGCCCAAGAUUAUCAAGUCUCUCUUUUUAUCUUCAAUGAUCAAGGGUUAAAUAUAUAUCUAUAGAGUAGACUUUUUAUAAUGCAACAAUGAUUAAAAUAAAUCAA